AUGCAGACAUUUGAGGUUUCCGAGCCCUAUAUCGAUAUCAACUGCGGCCUCUCCGAGAGUCCAUUCUGGGAGGAAAAGGCCAACAUCCUUCGCUUUGUCGACAUCGUUGAUAAAGCCGUUUAUAGGGUUGACCUCGACAAAGGCCCCUCUUCCCUACGCAAAACAGUAUAUGAAAGCUCCAUCUCCAUCACCGCAGAUUUAGCAUCAUCCGAAGAUAGCUUCAUCUUUGGCGGAAAGUAUGGCAUUGGCGUGGCGAGCAAGGACUCUUCCGAGAUGAAAUACAUCAAGCCGUUCUGGUCGGAAGAGGAGAUACGAGAUGGCAAGGACCGCCGCAUGAGAGCCAACGAUGGAGCUGUCGACAGCAAAGGGAGGUUCUGGUCUAGCGCGCAAUGCGACCCCGAAGUGACCAAGUUCGCCCCAGAAGCGGUUCUCUUCCGGCUGGACCUAGACGGCGGGAUCCACAGGGUGCUCACUGGUUUGACAAUCCCCAACGGGAUGAGCUGGUCCCAGGAUGACAAAACGCUGUACUUUACCGACACCUCGGAUGGCGUCAUCUACGCCUACGACUUCGAAGCGGAAAGCGGUGACAUUUCCAACAAGCGCGUCUUCUUCCGGGUCGAGGAGGAGGGCCGCGGGCCCGACGGCCAUGUCCAAGAUGAGCAUGGAAAUCUUUGGGUCGCCAUCUGGGGAUCCUGGAAGGUGGUUCGGAUCUCGCCAGAGGGCCAAGUCACCGCCGAGAUCCGUGUGCCCACUCGGUGUCCCACGGCCGUCGCUUUUGCUGGAGAGGAUGUGUAUAUCACGAGUGAGGCGGAACAAGAGCCCGAGAAAUACCCUGAUUCUGUUCGGUUCCAGGGUUGUGUUUUCAAGUGCCAUGUGGGUGUGAAGGGCCGCUUGGCGAAUAAGGCGGCGUAUGAGUCGAUAGUGCCUGUACUUGGGGUUUAA